UUCUCUCUGUGUUUACAACCAGCUGACAUCCGGUGUUUUCUCGUCCAUUAGCCAGCGAUACUCAGAUUAAACGAAUCCAGUUAUUUUCGAUAUUGUCCUGAUAAAACACGGUCGCCGUCGACUCGUCAGCUCACCUGAAUGCAAAAUUUCAUCAUUUUCAUCAGAUGCAGGGCUCAGGCCCCGUCUCCAGCAGCUGAAGCACCCCAGUCCCGUCCUUUCUGCUCCACAUCCGCUGCCUGCCUCCUGCCUGAGCCAUGACCAACCAGAGGGAUCUUGAUAUGGUGCACCUCCGCCUUAUCCUGGUCAGUGGGAAAACACAAGACUUCACUUUCUCCCCAAAUGACUCGGCUACAGACAUUGCCAAGCAUGUAUUUGAGAACUGGCCUGCAGGAUGGGAGGAGGAGCGUGUGAGCAGCCCCAGCAUACUGCGCCUCAUCUUCCAGGGACGCUUCCUUCAUGGCAACGUGACUCUGGGAGCGCUAAAGCUGCCUCCAGGACGAACAACUGUAAUGCACUUGGUUGCCAGAGAGACUCUUCCAGAGCCCAACUCUCAUGGUCAAAGGAACAGAGAAAAAACCACAGAGAGCAAUUGCUGUCUCCUCUUGUAAAGCAACAGACCCCCCCCAUUUCCCCGCCUUCACGGACACACACAGACACACACAUACAUGCAUAUACAUAGCACAUACACACACGCACAUAGACACACACCCUCUCUCCUGCCUGUCGUCCUGUCAACUGUGGAUUUGGAAUAAUCACAGGAAGUCUGGUCGGGGCUGACUCCUGCUUUUGGUUGAACUCCUGUCCAAUCUGAGGCUUUUUUGUGCCAAUAUAUUCAAAACACUUUUUGUCCUAACCGGCAGAAUAUGUUGUUGUUAUUCCUUUCACUUAAAGAUCAUGACAUUGAACAGUCCACGCUCUCCUGUGGGUCUGUUUUCUGCUGGACAUGAUUUAACGCCGUCAUUCACAGACACAGAAGGAUGAGUGGGCUUUAACCCUCCCCUACUACUCACAUGGAUGUUCCCCCAGUCUUACUGAAUGGUGUUAACCCUCUCGUUGCACUUAACUGGUUCGUUAAUUCAAAGGUGUUUAAAGUGUUACAUCAUCUUAUCCCCUGAUAUUUUUGUUUUUCAUUAGAGGAACAGACUUUAUUGCCUGUGCAGUAGAAAACGUGCCAUCCUCCUCAUGGACAGUUUCUGCCUCUCGCUGACUGCACCGUUCGGUCGGUUUCAGCACCCGUGGCUUUUGUGCCACAACAUACACCUGUUUGCUCCUGGCAGCGGACCAAUGGGGGGGAAGACUUUAACUAGAAGAGCUGCGUUAAUACCGGACGACUGCACAGGUCCGUAAUAAAUAGGAACAGACUCUCAGCGAGGCUUGUGAAGAUGGAGUCGGAGGAUUUGGUGGAUUGCGCUUGUGUGCCAUCAGGUGUCGAGUUCACACCUCUGGCACCGACUCAAUUGUCAAGACUGUCGAUGCUUCUUUGUCGCUCCAGAUCUUUAGAAUGUGGAGUAACAGGAGCCAACACGGCGGGCCAGUGAAGAGCAGACAGAAGAGGCAGUUGAAGAUGGGAGGGAGGUGUGUCGUCGGCGUGGGACCCCCUCACGCCAGUGGACAAUGAAAACGAGGCGACGGGAGACACCUCCUGCUCGGAUGAUGAGUUAACAGGAAACCUUGGUGGUGUUUAACCUCCUUUUCAUUUGGAUGCUGUCUUCUUGUUUGCCUUUUAUCGUGGAAUUCAUUAAUAUCAUUAAUAUUGAAAUUUAAAUAUAUCGAUUUUUAUCUUGUGUAUAGGUAUUUGUUCAAUUUUAGUGUGGAUGUGUGCGUGUGAGUGCGUCUGAGGUCGUGUGAUGCACGUGACAUUUGAGGCGUAGACGAGGGCAUGUGGUCUUAAAGGUGGUGCACUGCUGAUGAGCUGCGGUCGGUUUCUUCAGAAACAGGUGGAAACCUUUUGAUUCCUUCCAUUGAGUGUCUUUUGGUUUGUGUUUUUGUCAAUCAGUGUCACUGCUAUGAAGUUUAGCUCAGUAUGAAAACAUGUAAAAACUAAAAUGCAAUGUGGUCAACAUAAAAGCUUGUAUUAUAAAUUAAUAAAUCUUUAAAUAAGGCAA